AUGCGGAACAGUGGUAUCAUAUCGCUCUUUGUGAGCCUCCUGCUCCUUGUUUCUUUUGUCGUCGCACAGGACCCCUCGACAACGGCUGCAGAGACAACGGCGCAGCCCCCAUCCAGCCAGGCUCCUCCACCAACACAGUCCACCACCACUGGCGCCUCAGCAACAGGGACACAAACCUCUGCCCAGCCCUCCGGCACUGGAAGCAAUGGUGGCGGCGGUGGCGGCGGCAGCACAUCCCCUGCGCCGGGCAAGGGCUCCAAUAGCGGACCGCCAGACGUGCAUCUCAAAGUGCCUAACUUGUCAGUCGGUCGCAUUGAGCUCGACGUCGAUAACUUGCAGGCGGACGUGAACCUGGCCGCCGAGAUCGCAGGUCUUGUGUCCAUCAACGCCGGCGUGCAAAUCGGAAUCACAAAGGUCAACAUUACCAUCGCCGACGUUCAGGCAGAGCUGGAGCUCGUUAUCAGACUCGGCCACCUCGUCGACAUUGUCAACCGCACGCUGCACACACUAGACCUGAACCCACUGCUGAUCAAUGUGCUCAACGAGGUUGGCGACAUUGUGGAGGGCGUCGUCGGUGCUGUCGACGGUCUCCUAGGCUCUAUCCUUCAGGGCGAUACGAAGCUCAAUUUCAUCGUCGACAAUCUGGGUCAUAUCGUCCAGGAGGUCGUCGGAGCUGGCGGAGAGGUGGUCAGCAGCAUUGUCGGCAACUACCAGCAGAAUAUGACCUUCACUGGCCAACAAAAGACACUGGACAAUGGACUGAUCCAAAAGACGUACGAGUACGAUGCGCUCGGGGCUUUGGUGAAUGUGGUCACCAACUCGCUGAACCAGGUCGUCAGCGCCGUUGUUAUCAAGGGCGGGGCAACCAAUCCUGGAAACGGCGGCGGCGGCAGCGGUGGAGGCACAAGUACAACGUCGGCGACAACGCAGCAGCCCACGGCGACGGGAUCGGCUCGGUUGUUUUAG